AUGGAAGCUUGUUACUCUCAAGAUAAAUUUAAUGCCACUUCUUAUGACAUCAUGGCUGUGGUCAUUGUCACACUUCAGGCACUUGUUGGCAUGUGGAUAAACGCUUUCAUUGUUUCUGUGCUUUGUAUUGCUUGGGUGAAAAAGAAAAGCCUUAACUCUAACGAGAAGAUCUUGCUGUUUCUGGCAUGCUGCAGGUUUUGGUAUUUGCUCUCCACAUGGGUGUAUCACCUGUUUUCAGUACUUUAUCCCUUGUCCUUUUAUGUUCACCCCCUGCCCCAACUAUUCACAGCUCUUCACAGCUUUCUAAAUUGUUCCAACUUGUGGGUUUCUGCCUCUCUUUGUGUUUUUUACUGCAUAAAAAUUGCAAAUUUCAGGCACAUCUUUUUCACCUACCUGAAAGUAAAAAUUGAUAGGAUCGUGCCGUGGCUGUUGUUGGGUUCAGUGCUUUUAUCCCUGGUCAUCUGCAGCCUUGCCUACGACAUUGCUAAUAAAGCGCACUGUAACAACCCCAAUUCCACCACACGAGGAAACUUCUGGAAAGUGAGUGUUAAAAUGGAUGCACACUUUUUCCCUGUUUAUUUUAUCAGUGGCUUUGGAUUUGCCACUGCAUUCAUGGCAGUAAUCUUUUCUGCCCUUCUCCUCCUCUUUUCUCUCUGGAGACACAAAUGCAAGAUGCAGACAAACGCGGCGAAGGACCUCAGCAUGGAUGCCCACAUCAAAGCCAUGAAAUCUAUUCUGUCCUUUUUCUUCAUUUACAGCAUUAACUUUACAUGUUUGGUCCUGGCAAUGAUUUAUUCAACAAAGGAGGCAAAUCCUGUGGUGUUUCUCAUUUUAGUAUUUCAGUAUGCCUUUCCAGCUGUUCAUUCCCUUAUUCUGAUUUUCAGCAACCCCAAACUGGAAAAGACACUGCUAAGGACUCUGUCCUGUGUGAAGUGCAAGGCUUGCAUGAGGUAG